AUGGACCUUAAAAUUCUAAGCUGGAACUUAAGGGGUUUAGGACAAGAUGAAAAAAUUAUUGCAGUUAGGAAUGAAAUUAGGAGAAACAAUGUCACCAUUUGCUCAAUUCAAAAAUCAAAAAAAGAAAUUGUUGAUGAUUCCUUAAUUAGAUCUCUUUGGGGAAACAUUGGUUGCAAUUAUCUUCAUGUUCCUUCUGCAGGUGCUUCUGGAGGAAUUAUUGUAAUGUGGAAUGAUGGGGUAGUGCAUAUGGAAGAUUUUCUAAUUGGGGAUUUCUCUUUAACAAUCAAAUUCAGGAAUCUUUCAGAUAAUUUUGAAUGGUUUUUUACUUCAGUCUAUGGUGCAUUUGACUAUAAUGAUUAUAGCCAAUAUUGGCAGGAGUUGAAUGAUAUUAGGAUUUUAUUCAAUUAUCCUUGGGUGUUGGGUGGAGAUUUUAAUGCCACUUUGUCUCAUCUAAAUAGAAAUUGUAUAGGAGGUUGUUCUAUCAGUAGAAAUUUCUUCACCAGUUUUGUAAGUAGGCAUGAAGUGAUUGACUUACCAUUAUCUGGGGGCAAAUUCACUUGGACCAAUUCACAGAAACCACCUAUUCUAGUUAGACUAGAUAGAUUCCUUGUUUCAGAUGAUGGUUCUCCCGUUGCCCUUCUCCUCUUCAGUCAAGAUUAA